AUGGACGAGACGACGUUCCAGCGCGAGCUCUCAUUGCUGAAAUACCGUGUAGCGCAGAUGACUUCGACAUUCCAGACAAGAUCGCCAUAUGUUUUCCAUGUUCCUGCGGUAUGCAAUGAUGCGUAUUUCUCUGAUCAGCUGCUCGACGUAAAAGCCCGACUGCAGGCCAUGCAGGCGAGCAUCGACACUCUGCACGCUACGACCAGGAACUGCCAAGAGCCACAGGACCGCAUGAGCGAGUACGAACCGCCACAGCACAACAGGCUGGCUCUGCCAUCAGGCCCGCUCUUCUGGCAGCUUUUCACGUCUUUGCGAACUGAUGUUCACGGGUUGAACGGAAGAGUGGGGGACCUCGAGCACAAUGUGUCUGAUCUCGAGGACCGCGUUGACAAGAUCGAUCCAUCCUUCACGCCUCCUGGCAGUGCAGAUACCUUUUCGAGCUUCGGCUGGAGUCAACAGGUUCGAGAUCAGCCAAAUCCUGCAGGGGAAGCAAAAGCUUUCGCUGGAGAGGCCUCAUUGCCGGCUUUUGUCUACCCAUACUCGGACCAUGCAAGUCAGGGCCGUUACCACAGCCGGGACUCUCUUUGGGGAAACAUCGAGUUGCCAGCUUCUACGGGCGAUCAAGCUGAUUUAUCAGCUCGCCCGCAGCAGCCGGCGCCGGAAGGGGUGGCAUUCAGAGACCGCGAAAUUGCUCAAUUGGAAGAGCUUAUGCGAGGUGCACAUGAUAGUCUCAGGGGCAAAGAAGAUGUCAUCGGCCAAAAAGACGCAGAGAUCUCGACGCUGCGGGCCAGAAUCAAGGAGCUCGACAGGGUCGCUUUCGAGCGUACCAACCAAGUCCAAUGCUAUGGUGGCAUCCUAGCAGAGCGGCAGCGUGAAGUCGAGAGGCUGCAGGAAGACUGUCAUGCUAAAGAUUGCCAUUUGAACACCUGGGAGAUGAAGUUCCACGAUAUGCAGCAGUCUCUCAGUCGCAAGAAGAUGCAAUUGAGCCAAGCUCGUCAGGAGCUACAACAAGUUAAGCGUGAGGAUGUCGAGCUGAGAGACUUUGAAGCGACACUCGCACAGAAAGACCGUGAGGUCAAGGAGUUGCGCGACUUUUGCGAAGCGAAGGAGUCUGUCGCCCAGCAGCAGGAACAGAUCAUCUCGAGGGGCGCAACGUUGAUCGAGGAGAAGGACCGCCAAAUCAACAUGCUGGACGACGACUACCGGACUGAGUGCCGGGAGAGAGCACGACUUGGCAGGCUUUUACAUGAACGAGACGACGAAAUUGAGCAGCUAAAGCAGUCCCUACAUCACGCACUCAUGCCGAAUGCGAAGGCGAAGGUCCAGGACGAAAAGCCCGCUCUCCCUGCUCGACCAUCCCAGAUUCUACCAGAGGCGCACGUGCACAACGGACUUCUUUCUUAUUCCCCUUUCGCGACAGCUGGUACACGCUCGGCCACGAGAGGUGAAGACUGGACCCCGAAAGCGUUCAAAAACUAUGCCAUGCUUCCUCAUGAAAGUCUUCGAGCAUCAGCAUGGAACAAGGGCCGUUCAUGCUCCGAUCACUACAAGUUCGGUGUACCAGGAGUCGCGACGCCACCACCUUCUAAUACCCACAUCGCAAAGCGGGAUGAGCGGCGCGAUUUGCGUCGAAGCGAUAGCGUCAAACUGCUGAGAAGACUCGCUUUAGCUGAAGAGGGCGGAAGUCGUGCCACCAGACCUGGAGCUGAAUCUGGGAAUGUUGCCAACAGAACGAGGCUACCACUGGACGAUGCGAUUGUCAGUCCACCAUUACCAGCGCCGCUGCCACCACGCAAGGUGACAUCGCUUGAAGAUCUGUCGCGCAUCUCGCGCCAUGAACGUGAUGCAGAUCCACAGCACAUGCCAAAAUCCCAUUCCCUAGAUGAGUUGAGUGAUCGCCCAUUGUUGCAGGCUUACGUCGAGGACGGGGAGAACAGUGGCGACAGACAUGGUGACGAAUAA